CCCACCCCACGCAUCCCCUCUCUCCUCCAGUCUCCAAAAUCUCCUUUUCUUCUUGAAACCCUAAGUGCGUGCCUCUCUUCUUCUGCCAUUAAGCCUUCUAAUCAUCUUAAAGGGUUACAAUGGGGAACUUCAAUAUUCUUCCAGAAGAGAUUCAGAUAGAAAUCAUAUCUCGUCUUCCAAUUAAAUCUGUUCUACAAUGCAAAUUGGUAUCAAAGCCAUGGAAAAAUCUGCUUCAACAUCCAUCCUUCUCACAAAUGCACUUCAAUCAUCAUCAUCUUGAUUCUUCUUCUGGUAACUUAACUUGUUGUAUUUUCUAUUCUCGUCAACCAUAUGUUAAUGAAUUUUAUUACAGUGAGUAUGCUGAAAAUUGUAAUGAGGCACCCUCUAAUAGAAGAACAAGGAUGAAUUUAGGCGCUCCAUUUGAGAAUAGUUCUAUAUUUGGUUCUUGCAAUGGUUUAAUUUGUUUCAGUAGAAGGUUUAGGAAAGGAUUUCGUGAAUGGGAUUAUGGACGUGCUUAUAUCUGCAAUCCAAGCACCAGAGAGUAUACUACCCUUCCAAAUUAUGGAGGAAAGUACCAGUGGAAUGGAUUUGGUUAUAGUUCUAUGACCAAAGAAUACAAGGUUGUUAGGAUAUGUAAGUCUGGGGGAGACUCAAAUGUUGGAAUUGCUCAAGUAUACACUCUUGGUAGUGGCAAGGGAUGGAAAAAUGCAGGAACGGUCGGCAUCAAUAUGCAACGGAUUUGUGCUGGUGUGUUUGUAAAUGGAGCUCUUUAUUGGGCGGGGAAAGACAAGGGAACUAUUGUUGCUUUCCAUUUGGAUGAUGAAAAUUUUAGUGAACUUCCACCGCCACCACCUUGUUUGGCACAACCUGGUAUUAUUGAUGCUAAACUAAGGGUUUUAGGUGGUUUUAUAAGUGUUACUUAUGAAUACUGUUCCGGUGAUUGUGACAUAUUGUUGCUGAAGAAGAAUAAAGAUAAUAAUGAUUUUAGCUGGAGUAAAGAGUUUAGUUUCGACAGUCACAUAUCACGGCCAUUUGAGUUUACCAAGAGUGGUAGGCUUCUGUUCUAUGGUCAAAGUGUAUAGUUAUGAUCCAAAAGCUUCAUCUGCUGAAAUGGAUGUGAGCUUUGGCAAGCGUAAUUUUCAAGCAAUUCCUUACAAGAAUACUUUCGUUUCAUUAAAAGUGUUAGGAGAAAUGGAUACAAAAGCAAUGGAGUCCUGUGAAAGAGCAAGUUCAAGCGAGGAGACAAGCAACAAUGAUAAACUGAAAAAGCCGCAAAGGAAAGUAAUAGAUCUCUAGGCUACUGCGCUUACUUCCUCAUGACCAAAGAGCAAAAGUUAUUCUUUCAUCUUCAAGUUCUGGUGAUGCAGAGCUGGGAAAUAUAUCGAAUGAGAGAGACAGAGUUUCAUGACUGAAGUUUAUAUUUUUUUUAUCUGAAUUCACUUUUUUUAAGGCACUUUCGUUGAAAGAAGUUCUAUUGGCUUAUUUACAGGAACCAAGUCAAUGAAAUCCUUUACUUCCCUCUUUAGGAUCCAGGCAAUAACCAAGGCCAGUCUGUAGCUUGUUGUUAGAUAUCAUGGGAAAUGUUCUUGGAAAUAGAAUGCUCAUAAUUUAUUUGUACUUAGAAGCUCCAGGAAAUCAUCCCAGCUUGUAGCCUUAAUGGCCUUUGAUGGUGCAGGUGAAUGCGCUAUUGCAGAGAAUGCUGUAUGUUUGUGCUCCGACUCUAAAGCUGUAAUUGUGGCUUUUUGCACUGGUAAAAUUCCUCUGGCAGUACAGUCCAGAUGGUUGAGGAUUGUCAGAAGUGUUAGAAGCACUGAGUUAAGGUUGUAUGGUAAUAAAGCUUUUUGCUCUUGUUUUUUUUUGCUUAAAUCUGGUUUAGCCUUGGUAUUGUCUGGGCUGAACCCUUUAGUAAUCUUUGAAAAAUACUCUGAAAGCAAAAGAAAUUGCA